AUGUCCUCUCCUCUGAUGCCUGGAGCUCUGAGCGACUCCUGGGCGGGCGUCUCCAGCUUUAACCACCGCCUCCUUUUCUCCACUGGGACACUAAACUUAUCCGAGCGCAGACUGGCCCACUACCGGGGACCGCGAUCCACAAGUGACUCACCGCUGCAUGGGGAUAAGUUUGUGCCCGACAUGAGCGCCUCUCCGCGGGCACCACACGCGUCAGUCAGCGGGAAGCCAGGGAACGCGAAGCCGAGGCUGGGUCUGGGACUUCCAGGCUGCUCCCCGUAG